AGUAAGUCAAACAUGUUCCAAUAACGGGCUAUAUUAUCUGCUGCUAUUUGCAGUGCGCUGUAGCCAGGCGCCAGACUCCAGCUUGAGCAGGGGGAAAAAAAACAAAAAACGGCAGCGCUUUUUUUCUUGCCUUCUUGUUGCUGUUGUGUGAUGAGGACGGUCUCUGAAGGAAUGGCAUCUGCAGGGCUGCUGGCGGAGAAGAGGACCCCUGGACCCAAACGCGCCAUGCCAAACUCAACGCAUCCAUCUGAGCCCCAGCUCUAAGAGAGGACAGAGGAUGGCAGGAGGCGCGAGGGGGAACCCAUUGUGUGCGAGGCUGCUGGCUGUGUGCGCGCUCCUGGGAGCCCGCCUGAGCUGGCCGGGCCCGAAAGGGGUCGGGGUCAGCGCUCAGAACAAUGAGCGGAGGGUUUUAGCACACCUCCCCGGGGACAUCAUUAUCGGGGCUCUGUUCUCUGUGCACCACCAACCACCUGCAGACAAGGUCCAUGAGCGAAAGUGCGGGGCGGUGCGAGAGCAGUACGGGAUCCAGAGGGUGGAGGCCAUGAUGCACACCCUGGAUCGAAUCAACGCAGACCCCAACAUCCUCCCAAAUAUCAGCCUGGGCUGCGAGAUCAGGGACUCAUGCUGGCACUCUGCGGUGGCGCUGGAGCAGAGCAUCGAGUUCAUCCGGGACACACUGGUGUCCAACGAGGAGGAGGAGAGCCAGGGCAGGUGCACGGCCGAGGCAGGGAGCUUGCUGGUGCAGGGGAAGAAGCCCAUCGUGGGCCUGAUCGGGCCGGGAUCCAGCUCGGUGGCCAUCCAGGUGCAAAACCUCCUCCAGCUCUUCAACAUCCCACAGAUUGCUUACUCGGCCACGAGCAUGGACCUCAGCGACAAGAGCCUGUAUAAAUAUUUCAUGAGAGUGGUGCCAUCAGAUAUGCAACAGGCCAGAGCCAUGGUGGACAUCGUCAAGAGAUACGGCUGGAGCUACGUGUCCGCCAUACACACAGAGGGCAACUAUGGCGAGAGUGGAAUGGAGGCAUUCAAAGACAUGGCGGCAAAGGAGGGAAUCUGCAUCGCCCACUCUGACAAGAUCUACAGCAACGCGGGGGAGCACAACUUCGACAAGCUGCUGCAGAAGCUGCGAGGGCACCUGCCCAAGGCCCGGGUGGUGGCCUGCUUCUGCGAGGGCAUGACGGUCCGAGGCAUACUGAUGGCCAUGAGGCGGCAGCGUCUGGUGGGGGAGUUCCUGCUGGUCGGAAGUGACGGCUGGGCCGACAGGUACGAUGUGACUGAUGGCUACCAGAGGGAGGCGGCUGGCGGGAUCACCAUCAAGCUGAAGUCGGCGUACGUGACCUGGUUCGACGAUUACUACCUGAACUUGAAGCCCGACGCCAACCUGAGGAACCCCUGGUUCCCCGAGUUCUGGCAGCACCGCUUCCAGUGCCGGCUGAGGGGGCACCCGCAGGAGAGCGUCGCGUACAACCGCACCUGCACCUGGAGAGAAUCUCUGCGCCUCCAUUACGCCCAAGACACUAAGAUGGGUUUUGUCAUAAACGCCAUCUACUCCAUGGCUUACGGCCUGCACGCCAUGCAGGAAUCUCUGUGUCCGGGCUAUAAGGGUUUGUGUGAAGCCAUGCGGCCCAUUGACGGGCGGCAGCUGCUGGAAUUCCUCAUGAAAACCAACUUCACGGGCGUGUCCGGGGAGGCCAUCCUCUUCGACCAGAACGGAGACUCACCUGGCAGGUAUGAAAUCAUGAACUUCAAGCACAUAGGCGAGGAGGAGUAUGCUUACAUCCACGUGGGGAGCUGGGACCAGGGUGGCCUGAAGAUGAACGACGAGGAAAUCUGGAGUAACAACAGUGACGUCAUCCAGUCGGUGUGCUCCGAGCCCUGCCAGAAGGCGCAGAUCAAAGUGAUCCGCAAAGGCGAGGUGAGCUGCUGUUGGACCUGCACUCCCUGCAAGGAGAACGAGUUUGUGUUCGAUGAGUACACUUGCCGAGCCUGUGUCCUCGGCUCGUGGCCCACGGAUGACCUCACUGGUUGCGAGCCAAUCCCGGUGCAGUAUGUGCGCUGGGGGGAUCCAGAGCCCAUCGCCGCGGUGGUCUUCGCCUGCCUGGGCCUCAUGGCGACACUCUUCGUUACCUCUGUCUUCAUCAAAUUUUGGGACACCCCGGUGGUCAAGUCAUCCAGCCGCGAGCUCUGCUACAUCAUCCUGGCCGGGAUAUGUCUGGGCUACCUGUGCACCUUCAGCCUUAUCGCCAAGCCCCACAUAGUCUACUGCUACCUCCAGCGGCUGGGAAUCGGCCUGUCCCCCGCCAUGAGCUACUCCGCUCUGGUCACCAAGACCAACCGUAUAGCGCGGAUCCUGGCAGGGAGCAAGAAGAAGAUCUGCACCAAGAAGCCGCGCUUCAUGUCCGCCUGCGCACAAUUGGUCAUCGCCUUCCUACUCAUACUGCUGCAGCUGGGGAUCAUUGUGGCGCUGCUCAUCAUAGAGCCACCGCAGGUGAUCUAUGACUACCCCAGUAUCCGCGAGGUACACCUGAUCUGCAACCUGACCACUCUGGGGGUGGUGGCGCCUCUGGGCUACAACGGCCUUCUCAUCCUCAGCUGCACCUUUUACGCCUUCAAGACCCGCAAUGUUCCAGCUAAUUUCAACGAGGCCAAGUAUAUUGCCUUUACCAUGUACACCACCUGCAUCAUCUGGCUGGCCUUUGUCCCUAUUUACUUUGGCUCCAACUACAAGAUCAUAACCAUGUGCUUUAGUGUCAGCCUCAGCGCCACGGUGGCUCUUUGCUGCAUGUUCGUCCCAAAGGUGUACAUCAUGCUCGCCAAGCCGGAGAAAAAUGUCCGGAGCGCUUUCACAACAUCCACGGUGGUGCGCAUGCACGUGGGCGACGCCAAGAAAGCUGCCAAGUCUGGAAAACCCUCCAGCAGCAUGGCCAACUUAUUUCGACGCCGCGGGUCAGCGCAGGACAACAUCAGUUCCAAUGGGAAAUCGGUGACAUGGACCCAGAACGAGCGCAGCUACAGACCAAACCUGUGGAAGAGGAUGUCGUUUCACGUCAAGAAAAAGGAGGCAGUCGAGGCGAACCAGACGGCCAUCAUCAAGCCCUUCUCCAAAGACGGAGAUUCACCCGCGGACGCCGGGGUCGCAGAGCAGUUCGAGGAACCGCAGGCGUCGCAGCCCUUCGCCUGCUCCCCAUCCCACUCGCCCCUGCCCACAGUCAGCCAGCAUGCAGCCAAGGCCAUGAGCUUCCAGGGAGGAGAGGACGGAGAGGAGGAGCAGGCUUUACCCACCUACGCGUCUGAGCACUCCGCCGGGGUCCGGAGAAAAGGCGGGGACAACAGCAUGGUGGACGGAGGGGACAUCAGCGUCAUAGGGGUGGGCGACAUCGGCAUAGGGAUGAUCGGCCAGCCUCAGGGCACCACCAUCAUGGACCAAAUCAGCUGCGUGGUUAACCGCUUCACCGCCAACAUCAGCGAGCUGAACACCAUGAUGCUGCCGGGGGGCGUCGCCGCCAGCCCCAACUCCGCCGCCCCUCAGCCCGCAGAAGCCGCCCCCCCGUGCCCGCCUUCGUACCAGCCGCCCAGGAGCAGACAGGCCCCCUCCACGGUCACCACGUACGCCGAGGUGGCGGCCGUCUCCAACUUCUGCGAGAACCAGCGACCGGCAGGUAAGAUUUACGAGCACCUGGCGGGGACUUGCGUGAGCGGCAGGCGAGCCAAGGAUAUGGAGGAGCUGGUGGCCCUGACGCCUCCGUCCCCGUUUAGAGACUCGUCCCUGAGCUCCGACGGCAGCUCCCUGGCCUCCGAGGCCGAGUAUGACCAGCUGCUGCUGAGACACUACAGCCAGAGCUCGUCCUCUCUCUAAACCUGCUCUCGGCUACCUUUUUCACCUCAUUUACCCUCUCUGUUCGGAGUAUUUUAAACCACACAUGACUUCAGACUGGACCAAAACUCUUUGAUGCCUUUCUACAUGUGGAUAUCCUGAAUGUUUAAGCGUGUUUUGAAACACUUUUUUUUUUUUCUUUUUUUCCCAUUUUCACAUUGGAUUGAAUACGCCCACGCAUGCCUCCAUUGAGCAGACUGAGAGAGAAAAUUCCAGUGGCAAGGCUGCAAAAUCGUUGCUUCAUCUUUUUGUCUGCAAAGUGAGUUUGAGAAAAACUAAAAACAACACACACACACACACACACACACGGGCAUUUUAAAACGACACGGGAAUGGACACGGGUUUCUCACUCAGUUUUAAACGUUUCAAAUUCCAAAGAGGUACCGAUGAGUUGGGUUUAAAGAAACGUCAAAAUCGCCAGUUCCAUUUCUAUUUCAUUGUAACAUGACGACCAAUCAUAAGAGGGGGAAGUUAACCAAAUAUUUAUAUUCAGUCUUUCAAAAAAAAAAACCAAAAAAAAAACCACAUGUAUUUUAAGUCAAAUUGGUAGUUGAUUUUUUUUAGGUAAGAUAUCAGAACACUUAAGAUAAGUUAUAUUUAAAUGAACAAUUCGUACCAAAAUCAAGAAUUAUUACAUAUUGUUUUCUUGUAGAGCAAUUUAUCCAAACUGGAUUGUUUUUGGUGCGAGUUGUAGAGUCUAGACACUAGAGAAGAAAACAGUUCCUACUUGAACUCCAUGAUUACCAGAAUCAUUGCUGUCGAGUUUUCCAAAUGUACGGUAUUUUUCGGGGCACUUUGAGCACCACAAGCCGAAGGCCAUCGAGUUUCAUUAAAUUUGAGAGGAAGCUGAUCUCUCCAAAACUCUGCAACUCACACCAAAACAAUCCAGCUACAUAAAAAGCACUGCACGUGAGAGAUUUUGGGGGUGAACUGUCCCUUUAAGUUUUUUUUAUUAUUAUUAUUAUUAUCAUUAUUAUUCUACAUCAUCUAUUAUCAUAAAAACAAAACGUGAAUUUUUUUUAUUACUGAUAUUAUUAUUGCUGUUGACUUUCUGUAUAUGUACGGUAAUGUUUUUGUUUUUUUUACUGACAAACUGCCGUAAUGAUUCAUAUUUGGAGACCCAGGUGGACGCACAUUGUACGAGCAUGAAGGCAGAAGACGAUACCUUUGCCUGAAACUUGACCCGUUUUUUUGUUUUUUUUCCUGCCCUCUGAUUUGCUGUCAGCGGCACCAGAGACUCUGUAUCUUAAAGAACGUGUACAGGUGCUGCAUCGCGUGAAGCAGGUCAUUCUCAAUGACCUUCUCUUUUCUCAGAAACAGAGCAUUAGCUGAGGAUGAAACCAUCCCGACAGGACGGGGAGCUCUUUAUGUCUCAAGGGAAUGGAAGACAUCAUCUCAACGGGCGCAGUAUCGUCAGGUGUCUAACCCACAAAGAGCUUAUGGACUACUUGGAUGUCUUCUUUAAUUUAUCUUUCUUUUCCCUCUCUUGAUGUGACUUAACUGAAUGUAGGAUAAGUGGACCAAAAUGAUCCUCCACCUCAGGAUGUGUCCGAACCAAAAUCCUUACUUGACGUCAGCUCCCACCUGCCGAAACGAGCCGCCGCCACCUGUCUCCAAUCUGCAUGAUGUCAAAGAUUUGUUUGCACUCUUUAAGUUAUAUUUGUAAGGAAGUACAUUUUAAUAUUGUGUAUUAUGAUUAAUAGACGCAGUAGCAAAGUAACGAUGCUCUUAGUGAUAUUGAUGUGUGUGUUUUUUUUAAGAUUAGUUUAAGGAGGAGGAGGCGAACUGAAUGUGUGCCAGAUUUUUUUUGCAGACGCGUAUUUCGAAACAGUUUGUUUCCAGCCUGGCUUUUUGCCUACAUAUGUGCCAAUGUCUCACUGCAGUAGAUGACGUCUUGUUUCUAUAAAUGGGCUCACACUGAGAAUCCCACUGGGAGCCCAUUUAGACUCCGAUCUUUCAGGCAUUACAAGGAGGAUAUUAUUUUUUAUAAUGUUUUUUGACUUUGUUGUUUCUUAUGCUUGAAUAUAUUCAAUGAAUAUUCUUUUUUUUUUAAAUUGUUUCCUUUUGUAUCUGAAUGUUGGCCUCUCUAAGGAUGAAGUUUAACGAAAAAAAAAAAUUGACUCACAAGCUCGCGGGUGUAACUGAUGGCGUUCAUGUGGGAGCUAGCUUGCGUUUUUUUUCUCUCUCGUAUGUUUACACAGGCAGGAAUGUGUUAAUGUUUUUUGAAACGUGCCGUAUUUUAUACUGGUUUUUAAUGUAAAGAUCUUCAUAGACAGAUGCUAUAUUUGCAUGCAGGUUUGUGCCAACUGAACAUUUAUGCAGGUGCAUACUACUCUUUAUGCCAAUGAUUCACUGACGUUCUCCACAGGAGACGUCUGUCUUGGUCUUAUCUCUUGGUCUGCCUCUCUGAUAGACGGAAUUUACUAUUUAGACUUGUGCUGCAUUAAAGAUUUCCAUCCAAAACCCAA